UGAGUGAAGGGGGAGCUGGGGCCCCACUGUGGCCGCAUGAGGCCCCAGCCAAGCAGUGAGUGGCCUGGGGGCACAGAGUGGGGAAUGAUUGGGCUCUCGCUGCUGCUGCUUGCUGUGCCCAUUCACUCGUAAUUCGUUUGCUGCUGUUGUUCUCGGCAUGCCUGAUUCAUUAGGGUUGCUGCUGCGUCGCAACCCAUUGCCCACCGCCUUUACUGUACGUUGCUGCGGGAGGGAGGAUCAGCGCCGGAUGCUUGUGCAAACGAGAGCUCGGUGAUUAUGGGAGUUAGUUAUUGUCGUUGUUGUUGUCAGGAGCUGAAUAGUUAGCUGACAUCGUCGUUCAGUGAAUCUCUCUGCCGGGGUCGGCGUAAUCUAUGGGCGACGAGAGGAUGUGACUGUUGACCAGAGUGGAACGAGUGGAGUGAGCGGAGCAAGUGGGUUCGGGGUGCACAGAUGCGAGGAUUGUAGCUAGAGGCGAAGAGCUAGAAUUCGGCGUGGCAAGGGGAGAGAGGUGGUCAAUUCGAAAUGGUGACGAGGAGGGCAGUGAGCACGGUUUCUUUCGCGUGGAGUGCCAUUCGGUUUUUGGUAUUAUGGUCGUGAGAUCUGCGCUUGGGUGCGUUAGGGUGGGGAGAUUGCACGCCGUGGACCCUAGACCGUCUCACCUACAGCUUCAGUGCUGUGCAGUUCAACAUGGACACGAGCCCAAGGACAUGUGUGCCCCGCGUAGAUCGGUGGCUGGGCCUCUCUUCCAAUAUGGUCAUUAUGGCAUGCGGUGGCCUCACAUACACAUACGCAGUUUAUAGCGGGCAUAUGAAGGAUGUGCUCCACUAUACACAAGAGCAAACGGACGAUGUCGGAGCUGCAAAGGACUUUGGUUCCAUUCUAGGGCUUCUUUCCGGGUUUUUCUUCAACUAUUAUCCACCUUGGGUCACCAUCUACAUCGGCUCAUUCAUUCAUUUAUUUGGAUAUAGCAUGGUUUGGAUGACUCUUGUUGGAACCGUGUCGCCUUCAUUCUGGCUUCUGUGUACAUAUUUUACUCUUGGUGUGGGCGGGGACAGCUACAUAGAUACUGGUUGCAUCAUAACAACCUUAGAAAGCUUCGGAGAUAAUCGAGGGACAGCAAUGGGAUUGCUAAAAGCACAAGUGGGACUGAGUGGCGCCAUAUUUGUCCUGAUUUAUGAGGUCUUUAUUGAGCCGGAUGUAAAUCGGUUUAUUCUUUUGGUUGCGCUUGCGCCAUCAAUCGCUGGCUUCGCUCUCGCAUUCUUAACAAGAACUUUCCCUCCUGAAUAUCAAGACGAAGAUGCUGAGGAUAUCAGACAACGGUUUCGUUUGACUUACGGUGUUUUGAUUGCUCUCGGAGUAUUUCUUAUGAUCGUUAUUACCAUCAAGGAACUUUUAGAUCCAGGAAGAUCUGUGCUUGCGUUCUUCUUAAUAAUCAUGCUUAUGUUUGCCUCGGCCAUGUUCACCAUGCCGCUUAUACGAAGACCAGUGGAGUUUUUCUCUUCUUAUAUAAGCCCCUGCGACGAAACUGAGGAUGUUGUAGAAGGGAUCAGUCUAAGAGAAUUCUCGAGACGACCAUAUCGUUACAAGAAGAAACCCUUCCGACCUGAGCUCGAGGACAUCCAUGAGGAGGAAGAGUCAGCUGCUUUAAAGAGCUCAUCUGAAGCUGAAAGUGAUGAUGACAUCGUGGUCUUCAAAGCGGGAAGAGAUGACACCAUUGACUUAGAGGAACUCCUUGAACCCACUUUGAGGUCUAGCCUGCUAGGCAUUGAUUUCUGGUUGAUAACGGCAGUGAUCAUGGUUGGUGGCGGCACUGGCCUUGCCAUCAUCAACAACUUUGCCCAGAUUGGACAGGCACUAGGAAACGGUGAGGCGGAUGUAUAUGUGGGCCUCAUCAGUGUUUGGAGCUGCUUUGGCCGUCUGCUGGGAGGGUACGGGUCGGAUUUUCUCUUAAAGAGGGGAUACCCAAGACCAAUCUGUUUGCUAAUGGCACAGCUCCUCAUGAGCACUUGCUGCGUUCUCCUCUCAACAGGCUGGGUACCAUUUCUAUACGUUGGUUCUUGUAUGGUGGGCAUGGCUUAUGGCUCCCACUGGAGUAUCCAACCUCCUAUUCUCGCUGAAGUUUUCGGUCUUCCACAUUUCCCAACUUUGUACAAGAUAAACUCUUGUGCUGCUCCUAUUGGCGCCUACUUGCUGUCUGCCAAGGUAGUCGGUGUUUUAUACGACAAGCAAGCCACCCUCUUCAAAAGCCAGGCCGUGAAUCUUGUGGCGGAGAACACAUGCUUAGGCACACAGUGCUUUGGAUCGUCCCUUCUCGUUCUGGCUUUUUUGUGUGCUCUCAGUGCCAUUCUCAACUUCUGGUUCAUGAUACGCACUCGUUCAUACUACGACCAACAGCAGCCAUCGCCUCCAAGUAGAGUACACGUUCAAGUUGAUUAAUUGAAUGCCACAGUUCAAACUCCUAACCCAUAGCAAUAUUUUGAUAACAUUGAGCUUUCAAGUGGUAUGCGCAAGAUCGCACAAGUAUGAGAGUCAUUUCCCCUUCUUGUGAAUUAACAAUUUCUAACCUUUUUGUAGCUUAAGUAGAUGUUCUGUCUCCAACUACAGAAACCAGAACCUAGCAGUAUUAGAUCCAGUGCAUUGAUUGGACCUUUUGGAAUGAGGUUCUGGGAUCCAAAGGGUCCAAUUUCUGUUCAUCCUUGGACACAACGGUGAGUCCAGUAUAUAUAUGGCCUCCAGGUUUAGUCAAAAACCUGUGUGUCUGCUAGCUUGUAGAGCUCUAUGUAUCAGUAAUAGUAAUUACUAGCAAUUUGGAAGUCUGUAGAAUUUCUAGUAACGAGAAGUUUAUCAAAGCUUCAAAGAAAUACCAGCAUUUCAAAACGCUUUACAUUUCAAAGCGA